ACAAACAACAUAUCAAAUAAUUUCACGUUUAAAAAUUCAUUUGAUGUGAUAACUAAGCUUGGUGAGGGUGGCUAUGGACAGGUGUAUAAAGUUCAAAACAAAUGCGAUGAACAAUAUUAUGCACUAAAGAUAUGUCCAUUAAAAGGAUUGACAGAAAAAGAGAAACAAAAUAAACGCAGUCUUGUGAAAAUUCGGUCAGAGUUUGUCAUUGAAUACAACUAUUCAUGGAUUGAAUGCAAUUGUCUUUACUUUCAAAUGGAGUUCUGUAUCGAUAAUCUCAACAAUGUUUUGCAAACUAAGAAAACAUUGUUUAAUGAAUUGAUGACUAUUUCGGAGUUUUAUAUAUCGUAUCAAAUAUUUCAUGAACUCACAGAAUGUGUACAAUAUUUGCACGAAAAGCAUAUCAUUCAUAGAGACCUCAAACCGGAUAAUGUGUUGAUUACAGACGACGGGUAUAUUAAGUUAUGUGACUUUGGUUUGGCUAAAGAGGUCGAUAGUAUUGAUUGGUAUCGUAUGUCUAAAAAUAAUCAUACAGGAGAUGUUGGGACCCCCUGUAUAUAUCAAGCACCGGAAGCACAGAUUAAUGAUUACAAUCAUAAGAUAGAUAUCUACAGUCUAUCCCUAAUUGUGGCUCAAAUUUUUGGUUUUGAUAUCAACGAUAUAAUGGACGGAAAUUUACUU